GUGAAUUAACAUGGAAAGAGGUGCGUACGGGGCGGCCAAGGCCGGGGGUAGUUUCAACCUCGAGCAGUUUCUACGACGACCGGAAACCAUUUUCAGGAUCUGUGCUUGUCUCUUUGCUAUGAUUGUUUUUGCCUGUAUUGUGAGUGAAUAUCCAAGUGACAGAGAAGGCAAGUUAUUUUGUAUCUUUGGUCGCAACAAUGAUGCCUGCCAUUAUGGGGUAGGCAUUGGAGUUCUGGCCUUCAUUGGGUCCCUGGUGUUUCUGGGCCUGGAUAUCUACUUCCCAACAUUGAACAAUGCCAACUACCGCAAAUACUUGGUGCUAGGAGACCUGGGAUUCUCUGGACUGUGGAGCUUCCUAUGGUUUGUGGGAUUUUGUUUUUUAACGAAUCAGUGGUCAAUAACAGAUCCACAUAGCUAUUUAACUGGAGCAGACAAUGCACGGGCUGCCAUCGCAUUCAGCUUCUUUUCUAUUCUUACAUGGAUCCCACUGGCUUUUCUAGCAUACAAGAGGUACACAGCAGGAGUGGAUGAUUUCAGUACAGACUAUGUGGAUCCAUCCCAGGACACCACCACACCUUACUCCAGCUACCCAAACACUGUUAGUGACAGCUACCAGCAGCCCCCUUUUACCCAGAACUCCGACACAGGAGAGUAUCAACCACCAGCAUACUGAGCAGACCUCUACUGCAAAAGCUCAGCAAGAAAAGUGAUCAGCCACGGAUCCAGUGGUUGAAAAGAGUUUAUUUUUUAUUUUUGUUUAAAUAACAUAAGAUUCUAAACCUGGA